AGCUGCAAUGCUGAUCAAGCACUCUAGUCAACGUGGGCCGUAACCCACUAGUGAAGAUGCUCCUCUCUAUACAAGACCCUGAGUUAGUAGGUUGCAACAUCUACCCAAGCCAAUCGUAAACACAAGGCCUCUGAUUAGCUUCCAUCAGUGAGCAGCCAUCUAUGUCUAUUGGUGUGCUCAGGGCGAGCGUCUUGUGCGUUCUUGCGACUCUGGUAUGGGCUGGAAAUGACAAUCCGCCGCCAACGUCGAGCAAUUCCAGUGCGCCCGCUGUUGGCAGCAACGUCGCGUGCGAGGACAAAGAUGGGAAGCGGCCAGCGUGCACAGGCACUUGCCCGGUCAGCUGCCCCCAACAGUGUCUCGUUUCCUGCCCCGGCUGUCGGACAUUCUGCCGACCUGACCAAGUACGUUCAGCGAAGCAGCCGGUGCGGCCGCCUGCGAUGUUCAUAUUUGGUGACGGAAACCUGGACGUCGGCAAUAUGAAGAUGUUGGCGCACGGCUCGUGGGAACGACCAGAUGACGAGACAUUAGUAGAUUGGCUGCAAAGCAGGACCGAUGGAGACAACACGGCUCAGUUCAUCGCAAAAUUCAUGGGAUUCAAGAUGAGCCCCCCAGCUUAUCUGACGCUACCCAAUCGUAUCCGCGUUCAUCAGGGCUUCAUCGGAGUCAACUAUGCCUGCGCAAACGCCGGGCUUCGGGACCCGGAGCAUGAUGUUGACGGAUGGCACACGAUUCCGAUGUCACAGCAACUGCAGCAAUUCGCGGAAACAAAGGCCCAGAUGGAGGCAAAGCUGGGUGCCCAGGCGGUGAGGAACAUCAUCACUAAAUCCUUCUUCUUGAUCGAGGUCGGCGGCGUGGACCUCGCGUACUGGACAGAGGUCCAGGACAUCCUCGCUCUGUAUGGAGACACAAUUAGAUCCCUGUACAACAUGGGCGCAAGGAGGUUUGGGCUGAUAAACGUUGGGCUCAUCGGGAACAUGCCACCGACGGUGGACGGAGACCAUGGCUGGAUGUACCAAGGCGUAGGCGGCGCCAAGUUAGAUCCCGCGGACAUGAACAAGCACGCCGCCGAGUUCAACGACGGACUCAAACCCCUCUUGGGCGGCCUCGCAAGAAGCCUGCCUGGCCUUCGGUACUCCAUUGCAGACAUGCACACCUUCACCCAAACUGUCUUCGCCGAUCCAUCAGCUUACGGAUUUGAGGAUAUCCACAACCCGUGUAUACAAGACGGCAGCAAGUGUGACAACCCCGCGCAACGCUGGUACUGGGAUGACAAUGGUAUCACACAGCAUGCGGCUAAUCUAGCCGCCACCGCCUUCUUUUACGGUCCACCCCAGUUUACUGCGCCCGUCAUCUUCAGAUCACUACUUGAUGUAAAAUGACGAAUUCCGCUUACCAACUAUUUAAUCGGCGUCAGACAAGUCGAUGUACUGUUCCCGGUUGUAGCUUGCCCCUCGGACGUGCAAUUUGUUCACGGGGAUGAAUAAUAUUGUCAUUAUAGAAGAAUAAUCCAGUCAGACAUGUGCCAGUUCUAUCCAGUAUAGAUUCUGGUUGC